AUUCGGUAACGUGUGACGUCAGGGAAGUCAUAAGACAGCGCUCUGAGCAUGCGCAGACGCCGCCGCUGCUAAAGCGGUACAUAACGUCUCGGACGUUCGGCUGACAGCAUGGCUACUCACAACCAGCGCGUACAGCGGCUCUUGACGGGAUAAAACGACUGGUUUUUACUUCAUUAUUUUUUGUUAGAGAAAACCUUUUUAGAAGCUACAGGAUAUCUGUGUGGCCGGUGGUUGUUUUCGGUAAUAGUGUCUGGUUAGCUGACAUCAGUAAACCGGCAGCGCGGCUAGCUUGGCCGGUCAGUGUAGCGCGGAGCUGGGCUGUAGGUGAUGUUGUCCGUGCUGUCUUACGGUAGACUGGUUGCCAGAGCUGUCAUCGGCGGACUUUCUCAGACGGACAGCCGAGACUACAGCCUGGUGACGGCGAGCUGCGGCUUCGGCAAGGAUGUCCGCAGAGGGGUGCUCAAAAAGGGCAUGUGUUACGGGGACGACGCGUGCUUCAUCGCCCGGCACAGAUCGGCCGAUGUCCUGGGUGUUGCAGAUGGAGUAGGUGGUUGGAGGGACUACGGUGUGGAUCCGUCCCAGUUCUCCGCUACGCUGAUGAAGACGUGUGAGAGGUUGGUGAAGGAAGGCCGCUUCGUCCCCAGCAGCCCUGUGGGCGUCCUGACAGCCAGCUACUACGAGCUACUGCAGAACAAAGUGCCACUACUGGGCAGCAGCACGGCCUGCAUUGUGAUUUUGGACCGACAGAGUCACCAGCUGCACACGGCCAACCUUGGGGACUCGGGGUUCCUCGUGGUCCGGGGUGGAGAGGUGGUCCACCGCUCAGACGAGCAGCAGCACUACUUCAACACCCCCUUCCAGCUGUCGAUCGCUCCUCCUGAGGCUGAGGGCGCUGUCCUGAGUGACAGCCCUGACGCAGCGGACAGCUCCUCCUUUGACGUGCAGCUGGGUGACAUCAUCCUCACCGCCACCGACGGGCUGUUUGACAACAUGCCUGACUAUAUGAUUCUGCAAGAGCUGAAGAAACUCAAGAACACCAACUAUGAGAGCGUUCAGCAGACGGCGCGCAGCAUAGCAGAGCAAGCCCACGUUCUGGCGUACGACCCCAACUACAUGUCACCKUUUGCACAGUAUGCCUGUGACAACGGACUGAACGUACGAGGAGGAAAGCCAGACGACAUCACAGUACUGCUGUCCAUUGUGGCAGAAUACACAGACUAGACUUUGUGCAGCUGUGAUGGGAGAGUGUCUACCUCUGGAAGUGAUGAACUGCUCUCAUUCCUGCUGGUCAGGAUGUAGGACUGACGCUGGACGCUUCCUUCACAUCCCUGGCAAUCUGCUGCCCCACCCYGAGCUGCUCAUCUCCCUUUUCCUCCACUCAACAGAGAGCAGCCCGAACUCUGGAACAAGAGGACUGAAGCGUCUUUUUGGCAGCCGUGUUGCACUGUUGGCAUUUUUUGCAGUUUUCCACUGCUCACUUGCUAAUCUUUGCCGAGGAUCAGCAGUGAUCCUGUCUGAAGAGAAGUYGUCUUUUUGUUACGUGUGGCUUAGACGGAGAGGAAGUUGAGACUCAGGUGUAGCCCGAUGGUUAAAAUGGUCAAGUAAAGAAGGGAAUGACAUUAGAAAUGACAGCAUUUAGGGCUCAAUAACWACGUUGCACUGCAUAGUUACAAAAAAAAGUUUUUAAAUGGUCUGGAACCUUUAAUGUGAGACCACAUAUUUAAUAGGAUGGUCUAGGUGCUGUGCUGUUCGGGGAAAGUUUAAAUGUUUGCAAAAAAAAAAAGAAAAAAAGGUGCAUUUCCACUGGCAGGUUGAUUCAUAGAUGUCAGAUUGAAGAGUGGCAGCUGCCUUUUUCAUACCAGUACAAUUCAAGUCCUGCACAUAUUGUUACUUAAUGGGAGGAGUAUUUAUAAAUCCCAAGCUUCUCCYGAGGUAUUUCUUAGAUUUGUGUCCUUCCUUUAGUCUAGCUGCUGCUGGUGAAGUCUGAUUGUGAAAAUGUGURUAUGUUUGUGUGUAACUAAUGGAUUAUUGGUUCCAGACUUUUCCACAUCCACUGGAUUUAAUCUGUGUGGCAGCCUUAAACGCACAAAGCUUGUAGAGCAAAUCUGCUCAAAACAAGUGGAGUUGGUCGGGUGAGAUGUAUUUUUGUAACUUUGUUCAGUGUGAAUGUUUGCUGAAGCUGACAUGUUCACCCCUCACCUCUUCUGUAGUUUCAGGAGCAUGCUGAUGUUAGACGACUGCAGGUUCUGUCUAAACAUCUUAUUACACUAUUUACACUGCA